AUGCCUGCUAAGCCUAUCCUCCACCCCCUCGGCAAGAACGGCCCCCUGGUGCCGGCCUUGGGCUUGGGACUCAUGGGUCUAUCUUAUUCGACCUACGGGACACUUACCGACGAAGAAGAGCGGUUUAAAUUUCUUGACCACGCUCUUGAAAUCGGAUCUACAUUCUGGGAUACAUCCGAUCUUUACGGAGACGGAGAGCAAUUUGUUGGGAAAUGGUUUAAGCGAACCGGAAAGCGUGACCAGAUCUUCAUCGCCUCCAAGUACGGCCACAUCAAGGGUAGCGCGACCUUCGAGGCCGACAGUUCCUACGAGUACACUAAGAAGGCUGCGGCCAAGAGUCUCGUGGCUCUCGGUGUCGACUGUAUCGAUCUGUACUACAUCCACAGCGUCAAUGAAAACGUGCCCAUCGAAGAAACCAUGAAGGCCCUAAAAGAGCUACGGGACGAGGGUAAGAUCAAGCACAUCGGUCUCUCAAUGGUAUCCUCCACCACCCUCCGACGCGCCGUAAAAAUCGCCCCCGUAGCCGCCGUGCAAACCGAGUACUCAGUACUCAGCCAGCGCAUCGAAGGCGAAUCCGGCACGAACCUCCUCCAAGCCUGUCGCGACGUCGGCGCCGCCAUCGUAGUCGCCACCCCGCUCGGGCGCGGUCUUCUCACCACCGCCUUCUCGAACACCGAAACGACAUUCGACAGCGCAGACAUGCGACCCAAAGCCCUCCCGCAAUUCAUGGACGGAAACCGGGAGUCAAACAUCGCGUACGUGGCCAAGUUCCGCGAGCUCGCCGACCGCAAGGGGUGUACCGUAGCGCAGCUGGCACUAGCCUGGCUGCUGAAGCAGGGAGAUGAUAUCUUCCCGAUCCCCGGGACGAAGAGGGUGAAGUACCUCGAGGAGAACUGGAAUGCGAUGGAUGUGAAGCUGAGCGAUGCGGAGGAGAAGGAGAUCCGGGCUUUUGCGAGGGAGAAUGAGGUUAAGGGGGGUACGGUGCCGGAUGCGUUUGCGCACCAUCUGUUUAAGGAGACUAAGGAGCUUAGCUGA